AUGCACUUUUCUACCUCCACCCUGGCCCUCUUGGCCAUUGCCGCCGGUGUCCAGGCUGCUCACCAAGAGCCUCCAGCCUACAACGUGAAGGCUCCUGCCGUGCAAGGCACAGGCGUGGGCGGCGUUCAGCCCGGGCCCACUGGUGCUCCUGCUCCUGCCCCCGGCCCUAACGGCAAUGGCAACGGCACCGUUGUCCCUGCCCCCGGCCCUAACGGCAAUGGCAACGGCACCGUCGUCCCCGCCCCCGGUCCCAAUGGCCAGGGCGGCAACAACGGCACUGUUGUCCCAGGCCCCAACGGUGGUGCGUCUCCCAGCGCCACUGGCUACACCCCCUCUAGCCCCGGUGCCAAGAUCUCCGUCCCUCAGCUUGGUAUGCUUGGCACUGGUCUGGGUAGCGUCGCCUACGGUGCUAUUCUCUUCCUCGCAUAA